GUUUAAUCUUCUCAAACUCUUAUCACCUCGGAUUAGAUUGUUAUCUUAUCAAGAUGAAAUUUGCUGCUAUAACUAUCUUCUUUUCAUUGAUCCUUUUACAUAGUUCUGAAAGUGCUAUUACUUUUGGAGAUAUUUUAACAGGUUCAAAAGAUACUCUAAUUGGUGUUGUAAGUAAUGUAGGAACUUUGAUUCCUACCCCUACCCAAUUUUUUAGUGGUACAAAGAACCUUCUUGCCGGAUAUCCAAUCGAAGUUGUAUCAACAGCAAUUAAUGAAGUUUGCUCAACAUUGAUGUAUUCAGACUCAAUUACACCAAAAAUUAUGCCCGAUUUAAAAACAAUGAAUUUUCAAUUCAUAACUCCAUGUCAAAAAUACCUCAUUCCAAUUCUUAGUCCUGGUGAUCUUUUGAAAAUUGGAGCUUUUGAUUUUUCCAAGAAAACUGUGAUAUUAGUUACUGGAUGGAGAACAACAAUUGAUAAUUCGGAUACAAUAGUCGAACUAUCCAAGGCAUACAAUUGUCGAGGCGGUGUUAACUUUAUUGCAAUUGACGUUGCAUCUGCUGUUGAUACCCUUUUCACCUGGUCAGCUCUGAAUACGGAAAAACUUGGUGAAUACUUGGGACAAGCUUUAGCCGAUUUAGUUAAAUAUAUCCCAGUGGAAAGUCUUCAUCUGAUUGGACAUAGUUUAGGAGCUCAUAUUGUUGGUGCUGCAGGACGUACAUUCACCGAAAUUACCGAACAAAAAUUACCACACAUAACUGGUUUGGAUCCAGCCAAACCAUGUUUCAAUGAAGGCGAGAAUCUGUCAGGUCUUAUGAGAGGUGAUGCCCAGUUCAUAGAUGUCAUUCACUCUAAUCCAGGUGUAUUGGGUAAACGAGACCCCACGGGAGAUGUAGAUUUUUAUCCCGAUGGGCUUGCACCAUUGCCAAAAGGAUGUCUUACUGUAACUUGUGCUCACUCUAGAGCUUGGGAAUACUACGUUGAGAGUGUUUAUCCAGGAAAUGAAUUCAAUUUUAUGGCUUACCGCUGUAAUUCGUUGUUGAAACUUCAACAAGGCCGAUGUUCAAGAAAUAUUGCGACACCAAUGGGUUAUGCUUCAGUAAAUAGUUUAAAAGGUAACUAUUUCCUUGAAGUGCGUGGUUCAUCACCAUUUGGUUUGAAUGGUAAUAAAACACGAGAUGAGGCAAAUGCUAUGUGCGGUGAAUAA